AUGGCCACCAAAACAAAGGUCCUGCGAGUGUCCAUGUAUCUCAAAAGGAAACCAGGCUUGACCGAAGAACAAUUCAACCACUACUGGCCGCAAGUCCACGGACCCUUGGUUAGCCCGCUGGUGGAAAAAUAUGGGAUCCUGAAAUAUACCCAGUAUCACACCUCUUCGACUGUUCAGCAAGCCAUGAUGAGCGCAUGGCCGGAGCUCAAGGCCCUUGAUAUUACACCGUACGACCGUGUGGCCGAAUUCAUUGUCAAAGACAUUCACAGGAUCAAAAAGUCUCGAGACGACCCCUUUUUUAUAGAGAAGGUUAGACCUGACGAGGAGAAAUUUUCCGAUGUUAAAGGUGUGGCUUGGGCCAUUGGGUGGGAGGAGGUUUACGUCCGUUGUGGCAAGAUUGUAUCAGAAAGUGAGGCACGGCAAGAUGCUCCAUGA